UGGCGGCCACCUAUCCUUUGUGCGUAGUUCGAUUUAUGUUUAACAACUAUUCAAGGAUCGUGUUACGUUAAAAUUAAGUGUGUUCUUUAAAGUUUUAUAUUAAUUCGUGUCAUUCUACAUCUCAAAAUCGAAUUUAAUCGUAAUUCGUAUUGAUCUCUUGUGGUUUGAAAUUGAUUAUUUAAUUUCAUUAUUAUUAAAAAAAUGUGAAUUAAUGGUCUUUUGAUUAAAUAUUAAAUUUAAAAUGUAUGAAAAAGUAAAGUCUUGUUUGCGUGCUGUGUGGUGGCUAGCCGCGGUCAGGAUGGCAUCCGCAGGCCUCUCCUGCCUUAGCAACCCUUGCCUACACGGCAUAUGCAUCGAUGAUGUGAACAGUACAUACUCUUGUUACUGCGUUGAUGGUUACACUGGCGUGCAAUGUCAAACCAAUUGGGACGAAUGCUGGUCGAGCCCCUGUUUGAAUGGAGGCAGCUGUGUUGACGGCGUGGCUUCAUACAACUGCUCCUGUCCUGAGGGAUUUAUUGGUGACAAUUGUGAGACGAACGUCAACGAGUGCGAAUCAAAUCCUUGCCUGAACAAUGGCACGUGCAUCGACCUAACUAACGGAUACAUGUGCUCGUGCGUGCCCGGAUUCUCAGGGGAGCACUGUGAACUGGACGUCGCCAUGUGCAACUCCACCGAAGUCCGCUGUUACAACGGCGCCGAGUGUAUCGAGGGACCCGGCUACAAGUUCUAUUGCAAAUGCUCAUCCGGAUGGGCGGGCGCUAAAUGUGAUGAACAAAUCGACGAGUGCCAAUCUAAUCCUUGUCAGAAUGGCGGAGUAUGUAUUGAUGUUCAUGACGACUACAUGUGUGCUUGUACUUAUGGAUACACGGGAAAAAGUUGCGAGGUACAAAUAGAAUUCUGUGAUGAAAAUUCAUGCAGCAAUGAUGCAUUGUGUGUUGUCGAAGACGGCAUUCGAGUGUGCUAUUGCGUCCCAGACUACCACGGGGAACGUUGUGAGCUGCAAUAUGACGAAUGCUUAUUAGGACCUAGAUGUAUGAAUGGAGGAACUUGCAUAGAUGGUAUCGAUAACUUUACAUGCUCGUGUCCGCCCAGGCUAACUGGAACUCUGUGCGAAUGCCUAAUCCUUGACAACAAUACUAAAGAUUGUGACUAUGUAAGUCCAACGCCAACACCCGAAGUUACACAAUCCAUUUUAACAUCAAUAAUAAAAGAAGAAUUUACAACAGAAAAUAACAAUCUCUCCAUUAGUACAUUGGUAACGAAAUCAUGGACUACUACAACGGAGGAAUAUCAAACGUCUAUUGUUUUUAUAACAAAUCCAACAACGGAUGCCGUAACUGGAACUGAUCUAUACAGUUCAACGAACGUAGAUCGUGAAACUACUACUGUUGGUCUAACCACAAAUGAUGUCACUGAAGUCUUUGAUCGCGAAGAGACUAAGCCGACCUUAGAGAUAGAUGAUUCAAAGAUCGAAACGACCACAGUGGCCGUUGACAGUUGCCAAGAAACCACAACAAGGAACAUGUCAUUCGAAAUGACUUUUCCAACAGAAAUGACUCCGGUUUAUAUAUCCACGAGUAGAGGAAGCACAGAGAUAGCUCUUCCGACGACAGAGACUACAGCUGGGACUGAAGAACAAACAAGUUUGAAGGACUUCACAGCGGAGACAACGUCCACGCCAAAGACAGAUGUAACUACAGAGAAAAUGUUCACUGAUACUCCCACGGAGCAUGCGACCACAGAAUUGCCAACACCCCUCGUAUUCAGCACUAGUACUGAAUCAAUGGAAACAACUUCUGAAAGCGUUUCUCAAACUACUGCGCUUUCAGAAUGCUCUGAUUCGGUGUGUAACGAUCGCGGUACUUGCGUUAAUACUCCGCAUGGAUUUCGAUGCCACUGCAAUUUCAAAAAUUCCGGGAAAUUUUGCGAGGACACGAUCUCAAUUGUUACGGCCGCUUUCGGUGGCGGCUCGUACGUCGCUCACAAGAUACGCAACAGCACCUCGUUCAGGAUCGCUUUCAGCGCUAAAACUUUAAUAAAGGACGGGCAGGUCAUGUCCGUUGACAUUGCCAACGGGGUUUACAUGCAGCUGUACAUAAAUUCGGGAUUACUCAAAUUUAAAUUCUCCUGCGGCUAUCAAACCAUGCUGCUGAGUGAACUAAAGACGUACGUCAACAAUGGAUUUCCUAUGAAAAUUGAGACGAGACUGGAUUUAUACCUCAAAGAGCAGCACUGUAAUGCGACAUUACGUCUCAACGAUACGGUCGCAAUGAGCGGGGGACAGGUCGCGAACAUUUCGACUCUACAUCAAAACGCAACUCUACAUUUAGGAAAUUCACCUGAAAUCCGAGACUCGGAAACGAAGCCGUUCAUGGGAUGCAUCAAGGAUUUAAUGGUAAAUGGCGAGAGCCGUGACGUAUUCAGUGCGGCGUACGACGGCGCUGACGUCACAGAGUGCGUAUCGCUGUCUUGCCUCUCGUCGCCAUGCCUCAACGGCGGCUCUUGCAGAGAAGAGUCUUCAGUGGAAGGGGGCUACACUUGUUCGUGUGCUAACGGUUGGCUUGGCGAUCAGUGCGAUACUUCCGUUUGCGAGAACAAUCCAUGUCAAGCUGGAGGCAGCUGUGUCCGACACCCCGGCAGCGGCUUCCUCUGUCUCUGUCCUUACGGGAAACAUGGAAUCUUCUGCGAAUACAAUGUAGCAAUAACUCGGCCGUCCCUAGCUCCGAUCAGUUCGGGCGUCUCCUCGUACCUCGUGUACCCAUUGUCUCCGGCCGCUAUGAAUUCAGACCGAUUCGACCUUCGGCUACGCUUUCAAACGCCCGAUAUGGACCAAAUAGCUUUAUUAGCUUUUGUAGGGCAGAACGGCAAGCACGAUUCGAAAAGUCAACAUCUGGCCUUGACUUUUGUUAAAGGGUAUAUUAUGCUGUCUUGGAACAUGGGAAACGGUGCGCGUCGCGUGUUCACGUCCCGCGCGCUGACCCCCCGUCGCGGCGGGCACGCGGUGCGGGCGUGGCGCCGGGGCCGCGCCGCCGGACUCUCCGUGGACGCCAGACUCAACGCCACCGGGAACGCGCCCGCCUCGCACGACAAGAUGACUCUGCUGCCAUAUCUUUAUAUCGGGGGUCAUCCGUCUGAAGGCUUCAGAGAUCUCCCGCACGACUUACCGUUGCACAACGGAUGGCGGGGCUGUAUUUGGGACGUGGGGGGCCAGGCAGCGGGCGGUGGGGUGGCGGGGGGCCGCGGCGUGGGACAGUGUGGGGUCGCACAGUGCACUGCCAAGUCCUGUAACUCUCCUAGGGGGGUCUGCAUACAUUCACCUGCAACCUACGGAUGUAUCUGCAACGAAGGCUCGUACGGCGCGACUUGCUCGAGUGCCCGCAACCCUUGCGACCGUCUCGUCACCAAGUGUCGGGGGCGAUGUGUCGUGACGGCUGACGACCGCGCUCACUGCGACUGCCCUUACGGAAAAGCUGGAGUUAACUGCGACCAAGAUUUAUACCCGACAGACGUCCUAUUCACGGGUGUGAGGUCGUAUGUCAAACUGUAUCCUCGUGCAUUGACGAGUGUCAGCGUGUCGCUGGAGGUGGAAAUCAAACCGAACCGAGAACGAGGCUUGGUAGUAUUUGCGAAUACACCGCAUUUCUUUACGGCCUUGUCUUUACAAGGGGGACUGCUGGAGUACCGUUGGACUGAUCGCGUGUCGGGCCUAACCUCGCUGGUCCGUAGCGGCGCGGUCUUGACCAUGUCCCAGUGGCACAGCGUGAAGGCCGGCCGAUACGGCAGCCGCCUGUACGUGUGGGUGGACGGAACUCUCAGUACCGAGGCGAUGUUGGCUCACGCCUACCCGCACACUAUGGCCAACGCCACCAUAUUAUUAGGAGGAGCUAGGGAUCUGUCUACAUUACCAUUCGAAGCCAUGUCCGGUCCACUCGAGGCGUUUACUGGUUGUAUAAGAAAUUUUCACGUCAACAACGUUUUGUUGCACUUAGAACAGCAUAAUAUUAGAGCUGCUCAGAACGUGUUGGACUGCGACGGCACCGCGUGCGGCGCCGAGGCAUGUCCGGGGGGGUGCGUGGUGGAGCGCGGGGGUGCGCGCUGCCGACGUCACGUGGCGCCGCGCUCCGACUGCGUGCACGCCGCCUGCUACCACAAAAUCAACAUAUCCAUACCGCAGUUCGAUGGCACCUCACUGAUAUCCCUGUCUCGACAACUGACUCGGCGAGACAACGAACAAAGACUAUUCUCUGGCUACACUAGACCUGACCACGUCUCACUGAAUUUCACUACGGCCGAAUACGACGGACUUCUGCUUUGGGCCGUAACGGAUUCGGACUAUAUCGGUUUAGGACUCGAAAAGGGUUACCUCAAGCUCACCUAUUCUCUCCAGUUAGGGACAUGUGACUCGGCUAUCGUACAAAAUUCGUCAACAUUUUUUUCAAAAUCGAUUCCGCACGUCGGCUUCCUCGCUGACGGAGAAUGGCACACAAUAAUCCUCAAAAUGAGAAGAGAGAAUAUAACUGUUACAGUUGAUGAAACGCAAGCGUAUUUUGUAGAGCCAGGGAUUUUAAACCAUGAAAAAGAUACGGAAUUGUUUAUUGGUGGCGUUACUGAAGAGAAUCCUAUGGCAAAAAAAAUGUUUCCGAACAAUUUAAAAGGUUGCAUAGACAACAUAUCAACGAAAGAAAACAGUUAUAUCAACAACUUUACCGAAGUUUACAGCAAAAAUAUCAAGUCCUGCCAAUUAUUCCCUCCGACUUAAGUAAUUUUAUAAUAAUGUUUUUAGUAAAUAAUCGUGUGUGCAAUUUAGUCAAUUGUUGUUGUUGUAGGCGAACGCGUGAGUUUUUCGAUUGUAUUUUUGAAUGUGGAAUGAAUAACUCACAGUACAAAUUAAUCUAGUCUUAUAAAGUGCGCAGAACUGACAGAACUGGAACGUAAUACUUGAGUGGAACAGGCAUGCAUUCCGUUAAACUAAAAUAAUUGAAAUUAAAAACUCAUUUUUCAAUACUUAAAUUGUUGUGUCUAUGGGAACAGUAGCCAAUGAGCGCGGAGCUCGGUUUGUGGCUUAAUUAUGGAGGGUAGAGGUAAGGAGAACCGUCUCAUAUGGGAGAAACUUGAAAAAGUGUCCCACUUUCAGCACUAAAUAACAGCUCAAAAAUCCUCCAG